UCACGUUGUUGUUUCUUCAAUCUUUCGUCACCAACGCACUCCCAAAACUCAGUUUAAGCCCAAAAGGGCGAAAACAUACACGAAACAAAACCCUGUUGUCUCAUAGCGAAACAUGUAAAAAAAAAAAGAAAAAGCCACAAACACAGACACAGUGAAAGCAAAGAGAGAAAGAAAGAGAUGGAUUUGGAAACAGUGGGAGGUCUAGUCCUACACACAAUUCUAUCCAACUUAACUCCCAAAGACACAGCCAUAGCUGCCUGUGUCAGCAACAAGCUCAAGUCUUCGGCCUCUGAAGACAUCCUCUGGUCCAAAUUUUGCUCCCAAGAACUCGAUCUCAAUGAACCCAUUGAUCCUCUUGGAAACCCCACCCCUUCUUUCAAGGCAUGUUAUCAAGCAUGGCGAGAAGCUUUCAGUAUGUAUCCUUGGCCGCUUGUCAUGCGAGUUAAAAGAUGUUGGGGGAGACUUAAGAACUGGUUGUCCAUUAAUUUUCCGGAAGCUGAGGCUACACUUCGCAAGGGUGUAUCAGAAGUUGAGAUUCAAAAGUCAGAGAGGAUCUUGAAAGUGAAAUUGCCUCUUCCCACGAGGAUCCUCUAUCGUUUUUGUGAUGGUCAAGAAUUGAAGGCCGAAAAAUCUUCAGGAAGUGCAGGUGGAAGUUUAUUGGGCCUCAUAGGUGGCUAUUCAUUUUAUACCCACUUGGUAAAUGUGUUUUUGUUACCUUUAAACGAGGCGGUUUUAAACACGAAGGCAAUCAUGCGACAGAUUGGUUUGUCCAGCAGAUCUAAGUAUAUUGUUGUGGCUGCUUCCUAUACAGAAUCCGAGAAGUUUUUUUUCCUCGACUGUACCACUGGUCAACUCCAUGUUGGUACUGUGAAUCUUGGAACUGAGGGAGAAAUGAUUCCAUGUGUACCAAAUGCAUUAAUAAGUUCAGUGCAUGAUUCCAAUGGUGAUCAGCAGCAGGACGCAAUGCUGCUAUGGUUAGAAGAACAUGCACGCCGCUUAGAGAAUGGUAUGAUUAAACUUCGUGAAGAAAGAGGAACCAGAAGUAUCAGUCUGUUUCCAGAGGAACCUCCAUUCUGUUCCACUGCUAUAACCAAUGGGGUGAAAGUUCGUGCUUCUGCGGUGUUUGUUCCAGAGUUUGCUGACCUUCCAAAUGAGCGUAGAAAGUAUACAUUUUCUUAUUCAAUCCGCAUGUCCCUUCUGCGUGAAGGAUGUGUCAUUAAUGGAAUACCCUUCAGCUCAUGCCAACUGCAGUGGAGGCAUUGGAUCAUUCAUGCUAAUGACCGUGUAGAAUCUGAUGUUAAUGCUGAAGCUGUAAUAGGACAGUACCCGCUAUUGCUUCCAGGUGAGAAAGAAUUUGUUUACGAGAGUUGCACGCCUCUACCAACUUCUUUAGGUUCCAUAGAGGGCUCUUUCACAUUUGUCCCUGGCAGAUGAAAACAUGUGCUGUCUUAAGUACUUCCUUAGGUUGCAGAAUUGCACUUAUGUGUGAUGCAAAAUCCAAAAUGUGUUGUUCGGUAGAAAUAUAAUGGCAGUAGCCAUUCCAUGCCUAAUUGACACCUAAGUGGGUGGUCACGCUCCUGUGUUUUUCCCUGUCCAGUCCAGACAAAUAUUUUUAAAAAAAGGGUAUAAUUUUCUUUGGAAAAAGUAAAAUCAGAUGUACCAAUAUCUUUAUGUUCAUGCAAAUUAAGGCAGGGAGUUGCACUAGUUAUAUUGACUUUGUACGUUUUCUUGCCUAUAUUUUAAUAAGAGAUGAGGUUCGAAUGGGCUGCAUGGGCUCACCAUUUUCUUAGAAUAUGAAUUAUUAGAAUGAAUUUGCAAGUCAAUAGUAUAAACAUAUAGUAUGUGCAAAUAUAAUAUUAUAGAAAAAUUACCUAGUAAAAGAUUUCUAUGUCAUCUCUUUAGUAUUAUACAAAAGAGUUAUUACCAAAUAUCUUAAUAGCAACCCAUACUUAACAAUAUAUAUUAUCUGCCAAUGAGCUCCAGCUCUAAUAGCACAUCCCUUUUUUGGGUGGAGGAUAAGUUUGUGAGUUCCAAAUCCAUUGGGUGGAUAACAAUAAAUGUUUUGGGAAAAAUAUCAACAUGAUUGAUACUUAUUAGUUUAUGAGAUAUUAGAAUUAAA